AAUCUCGAGUGAUUGCGAGUGUGAUGAUCAUCUGCUAAAUGAGCAACAACGACCACAAUUCACUCCUUCAGUCAGUGAAGCUCCCACAGCCGUUCAUGAGAGUUUAAAUGCUGGGGAAUAUUCCCAUCUUCCCACAGGAGAAGAACAAGCAAGCAGGAGGAAUUACUCCAGGAGAAACUACGGACAUAUUAUUGUAAAGAUGGAGAUUAAGGAAGAACCCUGCAGAAUAAAAGAUGAAGAUACAGAGGAACAAAUAGGAGAAGAAGAAGCAAGCAGGAGGAAUUACUCCAGGAGAAACUACAGACAUAUUAUUGUAAAGAUGGAGAUUAAGGAAGAACCCUGCAGAAUAAAAGAUGAAGAUACAACAAAUGAACAAAUAGGAGAAGAAGAAGCAAGCAGGAGGAAUUACUCCAGGAGAAACUACAGACAUACUAUUAUAAAGAUGGAGAUUAAGGAAGAACCCUGCAGAAUAAAAGAUGAAGAGACAGAGGAACAAAUAGGAGAAGAAGAAGCAAGGAGGAGGAAUUACUCCAGGAGAAACUACAGACUACUUCUUAUUGUAAAGAUGGAGAUUAAGGAAGAACCCUGCAGAAUAAAAGAUGAAGAUACAGCGGAACAAAUAGAUCCGGUGGAAGUGAAUGAAGACAAACAGCAAAAACCUCAACAUUUCACGAAUGAAAAUGAAAACACAGUCGCCAAAGGAUCUUUCACAUGCUCUGAAUGUGGAAAGAGUUACAUACAUAAAACACACCUUCAGAGACACAUGAGGAUUCACACGGGAAAAAAACUUUUCACAUGCUGUCAAUGUGGAAAGAUUUUCACAGAUAAAUCAACCCUUAACAGACACGUGAGAUCUCACACUGGAGAAAAACCAUUCACUUGCUCUCAGUGUGGAAAGAGUUUAACAGAUAAAUCAACCCUUACCAGACACAUGAGAAUUCACACUGGAGAAAAACCGUUCUCAUGCUCUCAGUGUGGAAUGAGUUUCAGGUGUAAAGGCUCUCUCAACGAUCAUCUGCGCCGUCACUCUGGAGUGAGAUCAUUCAGCUGUGAUCAGUGUGAUAAAACAUUUGUUCUUUCAUCAAGCUUACAAAGUCACCUUAAUGUUCAUGCUGGUGUGAAGCCUCACUUUUGUUCUUUAUGUGGAAAGUGUUUUAGACUACUGCAGCAUUUAAAAGAGCACGAGACUAUUCAUACUGGUGUGAGACCUUAUAUUUGCUCACACUGUGGAAAGACCUUCACUACAUCCACCCACUUAAAAUCUCAUCAGAGAAUUCAUACUGGAGAGAAACCGUACAAGUGUUCACUCUGUGAAAAGACCUUUACUACAUCGAACGGCUUAAAAUCGCACCAGAGAAUUCACACUGGAGAGAAACCGUACAAGUGUUCACACUGUGAAAAGAGUUUCUCUCAGUCAGGACACCUGAAAGAUCACGAGAGAGUUCAUACUGGAGAGAAACCGCACCAGUGCCCUUCAUGUGGGAAGAGGUUCAUCCGAUUAUCUCAGCUACAGACUCAUAAUAAAAAGUGUUGCCUUGCGUUUCCUAAAUAACUAAAGUUCAUUUUCACAUCUUUAACAUUCAAGUUAAUAGUUUGAUAAUCUGAUAAAUCAAAAGAUCAAAUUUCUUGUAACAUAGCGACAUCAUCUGAAAGAGAAAUUUGUCAAAGUAACAGAGGCAUGGUGAGGGUUGCUCCAAUUUUAGAUGGAAAUGCUUAUUUAUGUUUAUGAAUAUUGUGCGUCGGUGUAAAUGACGUCAAAUUAGUUAUAUUUAUCAAUAUUCUGUGCAAAUUUAUUUAUUCUGGCUGUGAAGAGGUGAUGCACUAGUAUUAAUGUCAUUCAUUAUAUAUUUACAUUGCAUGUAGAAUUUGUUACAAGAAUAAAGAAACAAAAAUUACUUAGAGUGGCUUUAAGUCAUGAGCAAAUUUUUUCUUGAACAAAGUUUUUCACAAAUUCACCAGAAACGUCCAGCUUUACUAUGUAGCACGUAAUGAUGAAAUAUUAAUGAUGUUAUAAUAUUAAUAUUAUUUAAGUAUGUACAUUGUGAUGAUACCUUGUAUUUUGAUGAACAUAAUAAAUUAUUUUUUAAACUCG